CUCGAUGCGAUGGUAUAUAAAGAUGGCUGGGGGUAAUCGCCAAUCAGUUGCGACAGAGACAUGGGCCGUGCAAGACCCAUAGCUACGUUGGGCCUAGCCCUAGCAAUUGUUUUUGUGAUAACGAACCCUACCACUGCAUCAGAACAAUGUAGAUCCGGUUGCGGCAAAUCUCAGGAUACCCUGAAAUUUGCAGUUGGCACCACUUACAAGUACAACUACCACGGCAAAGUCGAUGUCAGCCUUUCCAGUGCUGAAGGACAACUGAUAACAACUGAAGUCAAAGCCAAUGUUUUGCUGACCCAACAAGCUGAGUGUCAGCAAGUUUUGCAGCUGCAAAACGUGCAGAUCAUCUCUGGAGGAGUCAAGAAGGCCACCGUCAUCGAAGGCUUGAACCUUCCAGUGGUCAUCAACAACAAAGACGGCUCGGUAGAAGAUCACAUCUGCGCUGAAGCUGCUGACACCCAGACCUCCCUCAACAUCAAGCGUGCCAUUGCCUCGGCCUUCUUGGUUAACUUGAAGGAUGCCCAUGAAACAGACGUGUUCGGUUUGUGUCCUACACAAGUAUCCUCUUCGAACGAAGGGGGAGUUCUUUUGGUGCAGAAGUCCAGGAACUUGAACAAAUGUGCUUACAGAGAAAACAUCAAACAAGACUUUUUGGCCACGACUUUCAACAAAGACAGCGAAAUCCACUCAUCCCCAAUUCUAUCGGGAGACUACAUCGCCAAGCAAAAGAUUAAGGCCGGUAUCGUAGAAAGCGUGCAAAUCGUGGAGAACUACCUUUACAUGCCGUUCAGCGUGGGCAAAAACGGAGCUAAAGCGCAAGUCGUCAGCAAAUUGGAACUGGCAGGAACCUCCAAGGCGGCAGUGAAAGCCACCGCCAGUAAACCCAAGUCGAUUAUUUUCGACAACCCUCAUCCAGUGAACGUGCAAAAAGGAACGUCCAGUCUUGCCAACAUUCAAGCCGCCGUGCAAGAUGUCGCCAAAACCAUCGAUGUUACCGUUUCGGAUAAUACGGCUAAGGAGUUUAUCAACCUCAUCAAGAUCCUCAGAGUUUCCAAUAAAGACGAUAUUCUCUCCGCUUACAGUAAGGUUAAGUCGGGGGCCGGUUUUUCCGACAAAGAGGGAGCGAGAAAAAUUUUCCUCGAUGCUUUAUUGAGGGCUGGAACUGGCGAUGCCAUCGAAGUUGCCGUUGAGUUAUUGAAGAACAAGGAGUUCAACGAAUGGGAACAGAAGAAGGUUUACCUCGGUUUGAGUUUGGUCAGACACGCAACCCUUAACUCUUUGAACACUGCAAGCCAAUUGUUGAGCCAACCCAACCUACAACGCGAAACCUACCUAGGCCUUGGAAACUUGGUGGGAAAGUACUGCAGACAGCACUCGUGUGACAAAGUCGACGCGGUGAACAAAAUCACCGACAUGCUGAUCAAAAAGUUGGGCGACAACAAAGCCGCCAAUCGCGCCGAAGAAACCGAGAUGAUCUCCGUAUUGAAAGCUUUGGGCAACUUCCACCACAUCAACGAGAAAAUCGUGAAGAAGAUCGUUGAUAUCGCCAAAGAUAAGACUGCCUCGACCAGGUUGAGGGUUACCGCUUUGGAAACGUUCCUAUCAGACCCCUGCAAGGAUGUUUUGAGGGAUACUUCCUUGAACAUUCUCAAGGAUAUACAACAAGAUUCCGAAAUUAGAAUCAAAGCUUACCUCGCUGCUGUUGCUUGUCCAAACGCUAAAAUCGGUAAUGCUAUUAAGACCCUCUUGAACACUGAACCUAGCUACCAAGUUGGGGGUUUCAUCGUGUCGCACAUCAGAAAUAUUAAGGCUUCCGCAAACCCAGACAAAGAUCUGCAAAAACAACACUUGUCAUUCUCCACUUUGCCGCAAAGAUUUCCCGUGGACUUCAGAAAGUGGUCUUACAACGGAGAAUUCUCCUACUCAUGGGAUACCCUUGGUCUAGCCGGCGCUUCAGAAGCUAACGUCAUCUACUCUCAAGACUCCUGGUGGCCCAGAUCCACAAGCAUGAAUCUCACCGCCGAAGUUUUCGGUCACAACGUGAACUUCCUUGAAAUCGAAACCAGACAGGAGAAUUUGGACCGCCUUAUCGGGCACUACUUCGGCCCCAAAGGGGUGUUGAAAUCGAAAUCCCUGCACGAGUUGUGGAAGAACAACCAAAAACCCGCCAGCGACCUCCUCAGCCAACUCGGCAAAAAGUUGGAAAAGUCUUUGAGAUCGCGUCGCGACGUCUCCGCCGCGGAAAUCCAGAAAAUCGCCAAGGAAGUUUCCAUCAAAGAAAACACCCUGGAUAAAGAUCUCGACUUGGAUCUCUCCGUGAGAGCUUUCGGGUCGGAGAUGUUGUUCUUGAACCUCAACGGCAACGCGCAGAAAUGGUCGCCCGAACAAAUCAUAGACAAACUCAUCGGUGAGUUCGCUAAAGGGUUAGACAACCUGCAAAACUUCGAGAAAACCAUGAGGUACAACAUGAUCUUCCUGGACGCUGAAUUCGAUUAUCCCACCUCAACGGGUUUCCCUCUAAAAAUCGCCGUAGAAGGUUCCGCCAACAUCCAAGUGAAAACAAAAGGCGCCAUCGAUUUGCGCAGCAUUAUAAACAAGACGAAAACCAACCAACUGAUUAAACUUGGCGUCAUCCCCAGUGCUAACAUUGAAGUUUCCGGUAGAAUCACAAUCGACACUUUCGCAUCAGAGCACGGUCUUAAGGUUGUCUCCACUUUGCAUUCCGCUCUGGGUGGUGAAGCCAAUUUUGAGGUUUCUCAGAACGGCCAGGCCAUGGAGUUGAAGUACACUUUACCCGUCGCCAAGCAAACCCUCGUCAGCGCUAACCACGAGGUCGUAUCGCACAGCAGAGAUUUGGGCGCUAAGGAAGUCAACACCCCCUUGAAGUUCGCGCAGAACAAAGAUUUCUCGAUCUGCGUGGAUCAAUUGAAAGACUACAUCGGCUUGGAGUUCUGCGGUGAGUACUCUGGACCUAAUUUAUCGGGUAAGCAGGUGCCUGUGUUGCCUUUCCCAUUGGCUGGUGAUGGUAAUGUUAAGGUGGAGAUCAACCGCGAAGAUGUUAAGGAGUACGUGAUACGUCGGGUGUUCAACGACGAACCCAAUAACCUGGGAGGCGAAAUUGAAUUGAGUACCAUUGGAAACAACGGGCAAAAGAAGACUUCUGUGCAAUUGUUGGCGCACUUGCAACCCGACAUGAUCGUGAAGGCUCAACUGGUAUCCCCCAAAUAUAACGCUUUAGCCGAAGCAAAGGUGAUUUCCAACGAUCAGGAGAAGGCUCUGUUUGGACGUUUGAACUACUUAAACAACGAGUUCUACGGCAAACUGGGCGUAUCGGUAUCUGGCACACCAGCAAGGCAAGUCUACAAACCCGUUUUGGAGUACAAAACACCCGACGGCGGCGUAAACACCCUGAAGAGUCUGGAAGGGCAAAUCAUCAAGGAAACCAACGGUGAGAAUGUUAAGUACACCUUCGAUAAUCUCAAGGUGGCCAUGCCCAACGCCGGCAAACAACUCACCCUCAAAGGUGAUCUUGGUAAGGAGAGCGGGUCUCUAUUUACCAACUUGGACAUCUCCAAUGGGGAGCAAUCCGCGCAAUUAAAUGGCCGAGUGCAAGUCGUGAAUGAAAUGGCGAAAAUCAACGUGGAGCUCAAAAACUCCAUCAACCCCAAUGCUAACUUUAAAGUGCAGGGUGAGUUUAAAAAAGGACCCAAACUGGAGAGCCAUCUGACGAUCCAACACGGCCCUGCAAACUCGAAAACCAACAUUCUCACCGUGAACAACGUCUUCUGGAAGGUUGGUGACGAGAGCGAGCCGCAAAAGCUCGAAGUGGGCACCAAAAACCGCAUCACCUACCCUGCCCUUAACAUGGACUUGAAAUUGGACUUUCAUCGCAAACCCAAACAUCUCGAAUCGGAAACGUCAAUUCAAUACCAAAACUUCAAAGCCGGUUCUGAAUUUGAGAUCGAUAUCGACGGUAAAGAAAAAGGCGACUACAAACUCGAAUGGGACUUGUGGGGACUCGACAACAAAGUCGAAUUGAAAUCCAGCAGACAAAUCGUUGGACACGAAUGCAAAAUCGACAACACCUUGGAAGUUAACGAUAAGAAGUUUGAGGUUAAAGGUACGCUCAGACAUAUGAUUAAGCCGCAGGAAGCCGAUUUGGCUGCCGAUUUGACUGUUGUAUUGCCCACGCACAACACACCUUUCAUUGUCGCCUCUGUCUUGAAGUACGACCCUCUGUCACUGGACGCCUCGCAGAAAAUUUCCUCCGGUAGCAACGUGAUCGUAGACGUAUUCUUGAAAGCCAACAAAAACGGUAACGCCAACGGAAGCAUCAAAGUAAACGUCAAAGACCAAUUGGUGAUCAACGGCCAACUCAAAUCUGUCAAAGGCGCCGGUAACGGAGACAUUUUGAUCGACUUGCAAGGUUUGAAGAAGCAAGCCAAGGCCGAGACCACUUUCACCGUUCAAGCUCCCAAAACUUACAACGUUUUGGUUACCUUGUACCCCAUGUUCGGACAAGACAAGAACAAGAAAAUCAUUUUGUCCACUCAGAAUGCCAUCACUGAAACCACUUGCGAUUCCAAAAACUCCGUCGACCUUAUGGGCAACAAAUUCGUACUCAACUCAAAGUCAGACAAAACUGGGGACUUUAAGAACGGCAAAAUCUCGUCUGAGGUUGAGGUAAUCCUCCCCAACGAACAAUACUUCCUCGGUAAACUCAACCGCGACAUGAAAAUCGUCAACGAUGUUGCCAACGGCCACUCUCAGUUGAGCUUGGAGCAACGGAAGAACAAGAAUACCCCCGGAAACAAGAUUUCCAUGAAAGCUACGGCGAAGAACACCAACCUUAAGGAGGGAGUUAUGGAUUUGGAGUACAACUUGGCAGCUGACAAUUCCAACGGUAAAUCCAUCAACCACGAUUUGGUGAUUAAGAAGCAGAAGAACGGCGAGGAAAGCAAAAUGGAUUUGCGCAGCAAAUUGUACGGUUCCCUGAUAAAGAACCCCGUUGAAACCACUGUUAGUGGUAACUGCCACAAAGGUGUGGGUAGCAUUAACGUGAAAACUACCUAUGGGGCUGAAGCUAAGUACACUUUCGAUGGUAAAUACGACUUGGUUGGAGAGGGGAAACCAUACAGCGGUGAAUUCGCUUUGACCGCUAACACCCCCAGCAAAAUCCUCAAAACUCUGAAAGUAUCUGGAUCGGGUUCUAUUAAACCGGCAAGCACUCCAUCUGAAAACAUUGAGUGGCAAGGCGCCUACUCAGUUUUCGCCGACGAUGACGGUAGCAAACCCGAAGCGAUCUUGGAUCUAUCCUCCGAAGCCUCCGUAAAAGCAAACCCUAAAGACGGACACCUCAAAGCCUCAAUCAAAUACGCCAAACGCGACCCGAUAACCCUCUCUCUAGGCUACUCCAAGAACGAAUCCGAAGAUAAGAAACAAAUGAACCUCAAUGGCGCCCUUCAAUACGAACAAAACAAGAACGUCAAGGUUGACGUUUCCUUGAAGAAGAACGCCAAUCACGAGUACACCUUUGUCGGCCAGCUGGACACCCCGAUCGAGUCCCACAAGAACAACAAAAUCAUCGUCAACACCAAGAGAUCCCCCGAUACCAAAACCAUCGAAAGUAACGUGGAAUUGGUCAGCGACGGUAAGAAAUGGACCGCUGAAACCAAACUCAUGGGUGGUGCUAAUAGUUUGAUCGACAUCCAAAUGCGUUGCCCAGAGGGAAAACUCACCCAGUUCAUGAACAAACAUCACCAAGUCACCGACCGUCACUUCGAGUCGGAACUAAAAAUCAUCUGCGAACGCAAAGACUUCCUCCUGGAGUCCAAAAUGGACGCUCAAAUCGAGAGCGUCGACGAUUUCCAGAUCAAGGGAUCCAUGAACUCGCCUGCUCUUAAGUUGGAAAACAUCGUCUUCGAAGUCAUGACCAAACCUGGCAGCAAUGGAAAGAAGAUUCAGGUUAACGUUAAAUCUGCCAACAAGAAUUUGCUGAGCGGGGUCACCAGCUACCAAAGCAAGGUCGAAGGCCACAAAACGAUUGUGGAAGGGUCCGGUAGCUUCCAGGUUAAGGAGGAAACCAAAUCUGGAAACUUCAAGUUUAUUUCCCAGAAGUUGACCAAGGACAAGAACCAGGAAGAUGGAAUUGAUAUCUCUUUCGACGCUAAACUUGGCAACAAAGCAAUCGACGCCGAAUUCAAGGCCACGAACAAACAGUUCAGAAUCUUGAACUCAUACUGCGAGGAAAAGAAGGAAUGCGCUCACAUCGAAUUGGACUCUAAAGCGAACAUCAACGGGGCAGCCCAUUACAACCAAGAGCUGGAAAUCAACAUCGACCUCCGCAAAUUGGGUUUAACCCACGAGUUUGGUCUGAAAUCCGUCACGAACCGCGAUGGAUGGGUCGUUGACCACACCGUAGACGUCCACUUCCAAAACAAAGAAAAAUCCAAGUACCAAUACAGCUUCUAUGUUCAUCCCAAGGAGGCCGGUUGGUCUCUCACCACUCCCAAGAGAAUCGUCGCCAUGGAAACCAAAGCUGACUACCCCAAGAACGUCUUGAAGGCUGGCGGCAAAGUGUCCAUGGACGUUUCCUUCUACCUGGACAAAAAGAACCAACCCGCCAAGAAGACCUCAUUGAACUCUUGGGUCAACAUCAACAAAGCAGCAAUGGAAGGGGAAAUCAAGUUUACUCAUCCAGGUCUACAAAGGCCACUGUCUGCCUCCUUGAAAUCCACCGCCCAGGGCGAGAAAGGCAACAGACAAGUCUCAGUAACCGUCGAGUUGGACAUCUUCGCUCAGCCAGGCCAAAAAAUCGUCAUCCAACAAAACGCCGUAUCCAAGAGCGACCUGAAAUCCAAGGCAACCUUCAAGAACACCGUCUCCGCCAAGAGCACGGGACUGAACAUCAACAUCAACUGGUCGGACGAAUACUCCGCGGACAAAGAGCAGAUGGUCACCGACGUCUCCAGAAAGUUGGACAUCCAAAUCGGAGGCACCAAGCUGUCGAACGAAGUGUCCGCCAAGCUGUCCAAGACUCAAGCCAACGUCCUGGUUAGAUUCUUGAACACCGACGUCCUCAAGGUCACCAGCAAGAUUAAUCUGAGCAAGGACCAACAAAUUGUCGACACCGAGGUUUCUUCGUACGACAAGAAUCCAAUUGUGUCCAAGUUGGAGAUCAAGAACUGGAACACCAUGAAGUACGAGGCUGGAUUCAAAAACACGCCAAACAAGAAACUAGUACUCAGCUCCGGUCUAAUUCCUGGCCAAAUCGCCGACGUCCGUUCGGACCUCAUCACUCCAGGCGGUAAAGUGAACCUCUUCCACGCCAGCUUGAAACUCGACGACGCCAACUUCUUGAAACCCGACUACGGCGUAGACUCGAAGAAAAUCCACGAAGUCUUGACAAACGUUAGAGGAGACGUAUCGAAGUACGUCAGCGGAAUGAAGGAGUUGCAAAAUAAAUGGGUGAACACCGGCAAAAAAGUUUCCAACGAGUUGUCUGAAAUCGCGAAGAAAGCUGUGCCGAAUAUGGGACCGGUUAAGGAGUAUUACGCGAGUGAAUUGAAGAAACUCAGGGAAGAAGUAAUGUCAGAUAAGACCAUCAAAGACCUAAGCGAGUUCUUUAGGAGCAUUUUCGGCACCUUAACCAAAGUAAUGACGGAGACUUUCGGUAAAUUCAGCGAGUUAGUCGAGCAGAUUAGCAAGUCCAUUCAAGCCUCAUUCAGUAAGGUUUUGGAAUCCAUAGAGAAGGAACUUAUCCCGCAAUUGCAAAAGACUGGACAAAAGCUUUUGGAGGUCGUCGGCGAUAUCCUCAACAACUUCGUUGACGUGGUUUUGGGAGUUUUGGUGAAAAUCAACGAAAUCAUCGAACAGUACCAACCCGAAAUCAAGCAACUUGCCACCGCUCUAAGCGGAAUCACGCAAGAUUUGGGUAAAUUCGUGCUUAAGGCCUACCAAAACGCCAAGACCAUGAUAGUGGAGCAAUGGAAGAAAAUCUACAGCGAAAUCAAAGCCCUGCCCGUCUUCGAAGAAUUGAAGAACCAAUACGAAGAACUCGUCAAGAACGGAAUGCCGAACUCCGAGUUCUUCCUCAACAUCAUGAAGGAGUUCCUCAACUCCGUCUACGAAAUCCUGCCAGCAAACAUGACCGACUUGAAACAACUUUUGGUCAACAUCGAAGCCUACAUUGAGAAGAAACUGAAGAACCAAGCUGUCGACGAUAUGGCCGAGUUAGAGAAGAUCUUUAAAUCCCUAUUGGUUCUCAUCAAGAAAUUCGCCGAUAUCAUUACCAUGGAAUCCAAGGAAAUUAAGUUUAUCAACCCAGAUUUGUCUUUGAACUUGGGACUCCUCACCAAACUACCACGCAUCGCCGCCAUCAAAUUCUCCCCACUCUCCCACAUUCUCAAGGAGGAAUCCAAUGCGUACGUUGACUUCCUACUCUCUUUGUACACUUCACCUAGAUUGGCCUCCAUGCCAUUCCCAUUGGUCGCGCUAAUCGGCCAAGGACAGCACGUGUUCACCUUCGACGGGCGCCAAAUUAACUUCCCAGCCAACUGCAACUACCUGUUGGCUCGCGAUGCUCUCAACGGUAAGUUCAAUCUGGUCGGAAGUUACAGUAACGGCGCUCUGAACGCUUUGACUCUUUCCGACGGCAAGGACACCAUCACCAUCAAGAAGGGCGGACAGGUCACCAUGAACAAUGCUCCAACUGAACUGCCGGCCCGUAAGGCAACCAUCGGUGCCUACAGAGACUACCACGUCGUGAAGAUGGUGACCUCAACUGGUGUGACAGUCGGUUGCACACCCGACCUACAAGCUUGCAUCGUCAGUUUAUCGGGAUACUACCACGGCGAGAUCAGAGGUGUUUUGGGUAACGGAAACAACGAUCCCUACGACGAUUUCACCCUGCCCAACGGUAAAAUCGUACAGACCGAAAACGAAUUCGGAAACGCUUACAAAGUAGGAAACUGCCCGGCUGUGGUGGUUAAAGAAACCUUCGCCGGUCCGGACGCACCAGCUUGCUCCAAAUUGUUCGCCUGGGACUCCUCCUUGGCGCUCUGCUAUAAAUUCGUCAAAGUUGACAACUUCAAGAAGGCUUGCAACGUUGGCGUGGCCGCUGGUAACAAAGACACCGUUGCCGCUAUCGCCGGAUUGUACGUGCACAGUUGUAUAACUCGCAACAUCCCUGCUGCUAUCCCUGAGUACUUGUUGAAAUGCGAGAACGGCGAUAAACUCCACGAAGUGGGAGAAAAGUUCAGCGUGAAGUUGCCUAGUAAAUCCGCCGACUUCGUGAUCCUGCUCGACACCACCAAACCCAACGAGAAGAUUUACAAGGAGCUGGUGCAACCGCUGGUCCUGGAAAUCCUAAAGGAGCUGCACGAUAAGCAAAUGAACGACGUGGAGUUCCACCUGAUCACCUACGGCGGGGAGAAUCUCUGGCCGUCGCACGUGACCGUCAACGGAAAGCUGCAGUUCAAGGGCAAACCGCCGGGCGUAAAGUUCGCCGACGGGCCCAAGCACAGCGACGUGCACACGGAGAACGAGAAGGUCGACAAGGCGAUUUUGGUGGUCGAAGACCUCCUGCGAAGCCUCAAACUCGCCUUGGGACUCGAUCUGCAAGCCCAAACCUACACGGAAGCCCUCAAGUACCCGUUCAGAUUCAACGCUGUCAAAUCCAUCAUCGCUGUCACCAGCAGACCCUGCGAGACCGGAAAACUCUUAUUGCUGCAAAAGUUGAGGACACUCUUCUUCAGAAACAACCAAAUCCACUUGAAUUUGAUCACCCCGUUCGAUAGUUUGACCGUCAAGGACGCCAAAAAAUCCAAGGACGUCGUCGGUUUCAACAAGCACAACGUGUUCACCAUGUCUCAAGGAAAGAAGAAGCCCGAGGGUUCCUCAGAGUUGCACAAGGACCUUGAAUACAACGAUUUCUGUGUUGACUUCACCAUCAAGAACAACGGUAAUGUCUUCGUGACCAACAACUUCUUGGCAGCUAAAGGUGACGCCAAAACUUUCGUUAGCGUGGCCGCUCACAACAUCGUUGAUAACACCGUCGAUGUGGAAUCAGGUUUGGACUGCGAAUGUAAAAGGAACAGUCCAUUUGGUGCUCAAAACGUUUGCUGGGAAAUCUACAGCAAAGAUAAAUCUAAAAAGACUGGAGGAAAGAGCUAAACCACAACUAAAUUAUGGCUGUCAAAAACCAAGAAAUUCCUAUAAUAAAUAAAAUCUUUAAUAAUAUGUUAUUUGAUAAGUUAGAUAUAAUGAAUAUUUUUUUACAAAUGGUAUUGAACUAUUGACUAUUGUGUAUAAAAUACUAUAAGUUACUACUAUAUAUUAUAGGAAGUAAAUAAAUGUAAUUUUAUUAUUACUUUCUG